AACUCGCCGGCAGAUCCCCGAGGCCAGGUGGACUGCUUAAGAUUCCUAAAAACAUCAUUUUAAUUAAUUUAAAGUUGGUGGUUGUGUUGUAGCGAUCGCAGUAAAGAUGUCCACGUUGGGGACUCUGGCCUUUGAUGAGUAUGGGCGUCCUUUCAUCAUUAUCAAGGACCAAGACAAGAAAACUCGUCUCUCAGGCCUUGACGCUCUUAAGUCACACAUCAUGGCUGCCAAGGCAGUUGCCAGCACCCUGAAGACAUCUCUGGGCCCAAACGGACUCGACAAAAUGAUGGUUGACAAGGAUGGUGAGGUGACAGUCACCAAUGAUGGUGCAACAAUUCUCAGCAUGAUGGAUGUGGAUCAUCAGAUUGCCAAACUCAUGGUUGAGCUCUCCAAGUCUCAAGACGAUGAAAUUGGAGAUGGGACUACUGGUGUUGUUGUUCUUGCUGGAGCUCUCCUGGAACAGGCUGAGCAGCUGCUUGAUCGUGGCAUUCACCCUAUCAGAAUUGCCGACGGCUACGACCAAGCAGCGCGGAUCGCCGUCGAACGCCUGGACAAGAUCAGCGACAGCUUCUUGGUUGACCCCAACAACACAGAACCACUAAUCCAGACAGCCAUGACCACACUCGGAUCAAAAGUGAUCAACCGCUGCCACAGACAGAUGGCAGAGAUCGCGGUCAGCGCGAUCCUGACCGUGGCCGACAUGGAGAGGAAGGACGUGGACUUCGAGCUCAUUAAGAUGGAGGGAAAGGUCGGCGGGAAACUGGAGGACACCCAGCUCAUCAAAGGAGUGAUUGUCGACAAAGAGUUCAGCCACCCUCAGAUGCCUAAGGUGCUCAAAGACACCAAAAUCGCAAUCCUCACUUGCCCAUUUGAGCCCCCCAAGCCCAAGACCAAGCAUAAGCUUGAUGUGACCUCUGUGGAGGACUACAAAGCUCUGCAGAAGUAUGAGAGGGAAAAGUUUGAGGAAAUGAUCAGACAGGUCAAAGAAAAUGGAGCCAACCUCGCUAUUUGCCAGUGGGGUUUCGAUGAUGAAGCCAACCACUUGCUGCUGCAGAAUAACCUUCCUGCUGUGCGCUGGGUCGGCGGGCCAGAAAUCGAGCUCAUUGCAAUUGCAACCGGUGGACGUAUCGUCCCCCGAUUUUGUGAGCUUACCCCUGAGAAGCUUGGCACUGCAGGACUGGUGAAGGAGAUCAGCUUUGGGACCACUAAAGACAGAAUGCUCGUCAUCGAGGAAUGCAAGAACUCCAGAGCCGUAACCAUAUUCAUCCGCGGUGGCAAUAAGAUGAUUAUUGAGGAGGCUAAACGUGCCCUUCAUGACGCUUUGUGCGUUAUCCGAAACUUGGUGAGGGACAACCGCGUCGUGUACGGAGGUGGCGCCUCGGAGAUUGCGUGUGCCCUGGCAGUGAACGAGGCGGCUGAUAAGUGUCCCUCUUUGGAGCAGUACGCCAUGCGGGCGUUUGCCGACGCUCUCGAAGUCAUUCCCAUGGCGCUGGCGGAGAACAGUGGUUUAAAUCCCAUUCAGACUAUGACAGAGGUCAGAGCCCAGCAAGUAAGGGAAAGCAAUUCAGCCCUUGGAAUCGACUGCCUACGCCUAUCUACAAAUGACAUGAAGAAGCAACAUGUGAUCGAGACCCUCAUUGGAAAGAAACAGCAGAUUUCUCUUGCUACUCAAGUGGUGAAGAUGAUUCUGAAAAUAGAUGACAUCAGAAACCCAGGGGAAGCUGAGGAUUGAUAUACGUAGCUGUGUUAAGUAAAUGGUCUUGAACGUGCCGGGUGGAAAAAUGUCGAAAACCUUCUGGCAGUAAUUUAUCAUUUGAUACGCCACCAUAACUGUCGUGUUGCUUCAUCAAUAAACUGUUGAUAUGACACAU